GUGCCACCGCGAGCUGAUCUCCGCCAAAGAUAUCGACCCAUCUGCGACCAGAGCACCAUCCGAUCCGCUUCCGCUGGCUUAUAUGUCGUCUUAAAACAACCUGAGAGCCUCUUCUUUCUUGUUUUUAUAUCAUAAUAUUUAUUAAUUCUUGUUUCCUGUUCUUUGUCCUUGCAUCGCAUACAUCGGUCUUCUUAUUCCGCAUCAAUGCUUCGUCUGCAAUCUACAAUCUCGUCGUGGCGGGAGUAUCUCUCGCCCGUGAGCCACGUCUCGACUUUUAAACAGACCGGCGAGAUCACGCCUGAGGAGUUUGUUUUGGCGGGCGACUACCUGGUCUACAAGUUCCCUACUUGGUCGUGGUCCUCUGCUCCCGCGUCAAAAAUGCGCGACUUCCUCCCACCAGACAAGCAGUUCCUUGUCACCAAGCACGUCGCGUCACACGUCCGCGCGCAGACCGCAGCGGGCGAGUACGCGAGCGGCACGAGCGGCGUCGGCGAGACCGAGGACGAGGACGGCUGGACUAUAUCCUACGGCUCCGGAUCGGCGACCGCGUCAGUGUCGGGAGCGGCGAGUUCUGUGGUGGGUGCUGCGGUAGGGACCGACAAGACCACGCUUGAGGAAGGCGGCGGCGACGAGGACGACGCGGAUUCGAUUUUAGAUAUAGACGAGAUGGAGGAUGAGGAUCCUGGGUAUUUUGACGGAAACUCUGCAACUGCUGCGACAACAGCAGCAGCAACGACGUCUACAGCAGCUGAAGGAAGUUCGACGACGACGACCUUGCCCGACCGAUCAUACAAUCUCUACAUCACAUACUCGACCUCCUACCGCGUGCCAAAGAUGUAUCUAUCAGGCUUCAACUCCUCAGGCUCGCCUCUCUCGCCACAGGAGAUGUUUGAAGACAUUGUUUCGGAAUACAAAGACAAGACAGUAACGAUCGAGACGUCGCCGUUUCUCGAAAACACAACGAUGGUGUCGAUCCACCCCUGCCGUCACGCGAGCGUCAUGAAGAUGCUACUCUCCCGCGCCGAGGCGCGACAGCGACGGAUACGCAAGGCCGCCGCCGCCGCGAGUUCCGGCUCUUCCGCGCCAGAGGACUUGAUGGCCGGUAUCCAGGGGCUCGGAUUGGAUUCGGAGGAGUGGGAGGACAUCGCGACAGAGCAGCAGAAGAUCGAGAGCGGGGAGAAGGAAGAGGAGGCGGUGCGGGUCGAUCAGUACUUGGUCAUUUUCCUCAAAUUUAUAUCGAGCGUGACACCCGGGAUCGAGCAUGAUAAUACUAUGGCGGCGUUAUAAGGUGUUUGCUUGUUUUUUGCGCUUGACUCUCUAAUCUGGAUGGUGUUUUCUGUUUACUUAUGCGGCGACCUUUUUUUUGUUUUUCUUAAUAUUUUUGUUUUUGUUUUAUUGAGGGAGUCACUGUCAGCUUACACUGCAGAAUGGCUUCUAUUGCCCCAGCUGUGAAUGAUCAGAGUAGGGAUUUGGGAAGAUGUCGUUUUGUAUAUCAUAAUAGCACACCCUCUGACAUUUCCACCCGACUCGC